GUAGAGCUCAUUCGAGACAGAGCGUUUUACACAUGCCCCCUACCUCGAGAUGAUGCCGACAAAUGCAGAUUUUUCAAAUGGGAAGAUGAACUCAUUCUAUCUGGCCACAUCGUCCCACCUGCUUCACCUUCGACUUCUCGUCUCCUUCCUUCGUCGUCCCGUCCCCCUCCUUCCACUGGUCAAGUCCUCGGACGUCCACCCCAAGCUACUUUCGGUAAACCUGGGGUGCCUGGGCCAAGCGUCAAAUCUCCCGCCCCUGGUACCGGUGCUGUGGGUGGCGACGACACUGAAGAUAUCGAUUGGAAUCAAGUGGAUGCGGAUGAACUGGAAAAAGAAGCCAUCCUCGCUAGUCCGAGCACCCAGAGGACAGACAAUAGCGAAAGUUUCUCAUCUGCAAAAUCCACCCCGGCCCAAGCGGUUUUCUCUGACAAAUUGCGUGCCUCGGUGGGCGAGGGACAGAGGAAGAAGAGGAAACAAGACGAGGAAUCUGAACAGGGUGUGACACCCAAAAGACAAGUAGUGGGGAGUGGGAAUCCAUUUCUGAACACUCCCGGGACGGAAUCUGGUCUUCAUCCUUCCGUGUCGACCACACUGGAGUCAUUAGAAUCAAUAUCAGAACAUAUCAAAAGACAAGACAGAUUGUUGCAUGCUUCUGAACAGAUGAAACAGGGGUUGAGGAAGACUAUUGCGGGGCUGCAGGAGAAGAAUGGGGAGUUGGAGAGGAAGAACAAGGAGCUCGAGGAGAAGAUCAAGCGUCUGGAAUCGAGGUAA